AUGGAUUGCGAUCCUCCCGCCUCACAUGCCGCCAACAUACCAGACAAGCCUGUUCAGGCUCACGAUGAGGCAUCGUCUCCGCUGCGCUGCUGCUGUGGACGCAGCGAUUGUGCAUACCUGCUGCAUAACUCGGCCGCCCUCGAAGGGCUGGAAAGGGACGUGGCUACCGCGGCCGUCUUGGGUCAGGCCCUGCUCCACCGCCAUGAGACCUACAUGGCCGAGUCCGAGGAGGACCGCAACCGUCUUCUGUCCAGUGUAGAGCAGCUCGAGCGCGAGAAGAAGGAGAUGCAGGCGGAGAACAACCGGAUCAUCGAGGAGAACCGCGGUCUGUUGGAGCAACUCGAGGGCCUCAACAAGCAAGUCGCCGAGUCCGAUACCACCAUCAAGUCCUUGACCGCGACGCUCGAGACUACCCAGUCCGAGCUCAGACGGAUGACAGCCCAGGCUGCGCGUGCGGAGGAGCUCGAGGCACAGCUAAGCGCGAUGGAGUCGGAGCAGACUCUGCUCCAGGAUCAACUGUCCCACGUCCAGGAGGACGAGCGCUGCGCGGUUCAACGCUGGAAGAAGGCCGAGUGCACGCUGCGAGACCUGCACGACCAAGUCGACCGCAUCGAGAAGGAGGCCCGUGAAGAACGCGAGAAGCACAUCGAACUCAUGGAGCGCAUGGAACGGCGGAGGGCUGUCGAGCGCGAGCUGGACGGCGCCGCCGGCCGCCUCAAGGGUGCUGCUGCCGCGUCCGGCCUGGGUCGCCCUCAAAAUGCGCCCACAGUGGUUUCGAAAUUCGUGCGCGAUAUCCUGCAGGACAAUGCCAAUCUACAGAUUGGAAUUGUCGAGCUGCGCGAAAUGCUCCAGAAUUCAAACGAGGAAGUACAACACCUGCGCGAACAGAUGAUGCUCCAUCAGCCCCUGGCCGCCGCGACGGACCAGGACCCGAGCAACGACAACAAGUUGAAGCGCAUCUCCCUGAGCGAAGAAUUGGAAACGCGGUCUGCGCGCCCUUUGUCCCAGGAGUACCAUGUCCAUCAUCACUAUCACGCGCCGGCCACGCCUACCAAUCCAAAGAAGGAGAAGGGUCUGUCGCGGCGCCUCAAGAAGAAGCGUCCUAUGCUGCCAAAUCCUACCGCGCCGCAGCCAGUUUCAGGACCGCGACGGCCUGCGCAUCGCCAUCAGUCGUCGUCGUCCACCUCGACUAUUCUAUCCCAGACAUCAGUAACCGUCCCGCCGAACGCGGCGCACCGCUGGUCGGUGCAGUCGCCGGUGACGGCUGCCACCUCGUCUAUCGCCAGUUCCCCAGGCUCGGGCUACCGCACAUCAUCCAUCUUCGAUCGGAUGGAAUAUGGUGGUGUAGAAGCGUCGCUGCCGACGAGUCCGGAGAGCAAUCCGUACUCGUCCCCGAUUAUGGCAGCACGGCGGGGAAAACGCAUGUCAGACGCUUCCUUCCAUUCGGUGCCAGGGCACUCUGGCGGCGAGCUGUCGCUCGAGGACGAACUGGCGGAGCUGGAUGGCACUCUAGAUGAUAUGUCUGGGGGAGAGAGCAUCGCCAUGCAGCCUCCUAUUCCUGAAGAAACUGAAGAGUCGUCCAACGCGGACAACAUGCCUACGCCGGAUAGACAGCGUGGGUACGGACACCAUUGUGCUCAGGAUAGCUUCUCCUCGUCGGUCCCAUUCAACGUCAUGCAUCGGUCUCUCUCGAACGACAGCCUGUUAUCGGUGUCUGGAAUGGAUAUCCAUACGUUGAGGGAUCGUCCUUCACAGCUGAAGGGGUUGCACUCGACCUACUUUGCUGCUCGGACACCCAGACGUAUCGUCUCACCCAGUACGCUCACCUCAACACCCCCAAUCAUCUCCACUGCCAACAUUACUGCAGACAGGGUGCCCGUCCGCAGCGCCUCGGCCAUGUCGCCGCACUCGCUCCUGACGUCCGUAGCCCAGAGUCAUCCACGACCAGCGACACGGCCGGCCCCGUCGUUUGUCUCCCAGGAGAGCAGCGAUGGCGAUACCCCAUCAACGCGUCCUAAGACCAACUUCCGCCGUCGGGUGGGCAGCUGGGUUAUGGGACGCUGGGGCAUCGCACCGGUCAAGUCGACGGGCGACCUGCGCAACAAAGGCACCAUGACCUCCGGGGCAUCGACCUCGUCCGCAACGUCGGAAGUGUCUGCCACGACCGAGCCUAAUCCUGCCCCUGCUGUCAAACCCCCGCUGGAGUUUGGACCGGCGAUUCGACCCCCGGGUGUGAACCAGAAGGGACCUAUCCCGGGACUGAGACCGCCGGUGCGAACGCCCAGUCAGGUGCAUGCGAGGGGGUUGGAUGAGCAGUUGCUUCGGGAGAGUCUGCAGGAGUGA